AUGAAUGCUAAACAAAGCUAUUAUGUCGUUGGAGAUUUCGUCUACGAUGAAGUUCUGGGCGUGCUGUCACUAUUUGCCAAUGAAGCGUUGCGAAAGCAGGGCCACUUUCGUGUGGGGGUUUCAGGUGGAUUGAUGGCUGCUAUUUUAGCGGAAGGAUUAUACGCUUUAAGAACAGACUUUAACAAAUGGCAAAUUUUCUUCUGUGAUGAGCGUUUUGUACCUAAAGACAGCGCGGAUUCAAUCUUCGGAUGCUAUGAACGCAACCUUCUGGAUUUUCGUAGUGAAGUUCCGAAAACUUCUUUCUAUCCUGUCAAUACUUCACUGAGCCCGACGGAAGCCGCUGUAGACUAUGAGAAAACAAUUCGAAAGGCUUUUAAUUUAGAAAACAGUGAGGAAAUUCCAUCAUUUGAUAUGCUCCUGCUUGACAUCGGUACCGAUGGGCAUACCGCUUCACUGUUUCCCGCUCACCCACUGCUGGAAGAGGACACCAUGCUGAUUGCUCCUAUCGAAAACUCACCGGAGCCUCCAGCAAAUAGAGUUACCAUGACGUAUACGCUUAUCAACAACGCCAAAGUGUGUAUGUUUGCUGCCGUGGGUAAAUCGAGAGCAGAGAUAUUAAAGAGAAUGUUUGUGGACAAAGACCAGUCACUACCAGUGACCCGAGUUAAUCCCAUAAACGGAGAAGUGAUUUUCGUGGUGUGCAACGAAGCACACUCUCUAAUCGAGUUAUCUCAGGAAAUGGAAGAUAUUACAGAUGAUUUUAAUGAAAUUCUUUAGCGUGUAGCGAUAAGGUUAAUUGGAGUUCGAUCGCAAGUGCUGAUUAUAAAAAACAUAUUAUUUAAUAAUUAUUAUGGGCCCUAUUCUGUAAGUCCCAGUCGCUGUCGAGUAUCGAGUGCGGGAAUAACUCGCAGAAA